CAGCAGACAGGCCGACUCAAUGCAUUUCAGAGGACCGAAAACACCGAGGGCAUCAUGGACGUCCACGAGUUAUUUAGUAGUUGCAGAAAGGGCGACGUUUGUAGAGUCAGAUACCUCAUUGAAGAGCGAGAUGUGGACCUCAAUGUAAGAGAUAAAUGGGAUAGCAGCCCCUUGUAUUAUGCUUGUCUCUGUGGCCAUGAGGAGCUUGUCCAGUACCUGCUGGCAAGUGGUGCCAAAUGUGAAGCCAACACAUUUGACGGUGAGCGGUGCCUGUACGGGUCACUGAACGACUCAAUCCGACGCCUGCUAAAAGAGUACAAAUGUGUCAGUGUUCGCGCCAUGAAGAGAGACGAUUUUAACUAUUUCCUGCACGUGUUGCUGGAGCAGGGACUGCAUAGUGACAUCACCUUCCUUGUUCACGGGCAAAUGUUCACGGCUCACCGAUGCGUGCUCGGUGCACUGUCAGAGUAUUUCACUGAAAUGUUCGCAAACAAAUGGAAGAACAAAACCUUGAUCCACCUCAAACAUCCCUUGAUCAACCCUGCAGCUUUUGGAGCCAUUCUGCAGUAUUUAUAUACAGGACGUAUGGAUAUUGAUGUGAGCCUUGUAGAUGACUGCAGACGACUUGCAAAGCAGUGUAAAAUGACAGCUCUCAUUGAGGAACUGCAGAUUAAGUGUAAACAGGUGUAUGACUUUGUUUCCAACAAGCCAGGCAUUUGCGUGAAGGUUCUCAGUCUGGAGCCACAUAUCUGCCAACUCCAGGAGGAUAUGGCCCAGUUGGCAGACUGUGCUCUGCCGCCUCAGCUCAGAGUUGGAUAUGGGGUACUUCCUUUCAAUCGGGUGGACCACUUGCCCACCUAUCCCGACGUCUGCUUUCGAGUCGAUGGCUAUGAUUUCUUGUGUCAUAAGGCCUUUUUCUGUGGACGGAGUGAUUACUUUAAAGCUUUAGUGGAGGACCACUUCAGUGAGGGAGAGCAGCUUCAGUCCCAGCCAAGCACACCUGUAAUAACUCUGCACAACAUCUCUCAUCAGAUUUUCAUCCACGUCAUGUAUUACAUCUACAGCGAUGACACGCAGCUGACACGGGAGAACGUGUUUGACGUCCUAUGUGUGGCUGACAUGUACCUUCUGCCGGGCCUGAAACGACUGUGCGGGAAGACUCUUGCCAAGAAUAUAUGUGAAGAUAACGUUCUGUGCCUGUGGAAGACAGCCAAGCUUUUCCGGCUUUCUCGGCUGGAGGAUCAAUGCAUAGAGUUUAUGGCCAAAAUAAUUGAGCGAUUGGUGCAGAAUGAAGAGUUUGCCGAGAUGGUCAAAGAGGAUGCCGCUUUGCUGGAGAAGCGUCACGAGACCGACUCGGUCCCUCUGAUAGACGACAUCCGUUUCCACAUUGCCACCCACGUUCAGACGUACAGUGCCAUCGAGGAGGCCAAUCAGAAGCUAGAUGCCUUGGAAGAGCUGCUGUUUAGCAUUGAUAUUGACUGCUGA